UUUAUUCUUAGGCAAAAGCAUAAGCUCUCGUGCGGUCUCCUGAAGACGAAACUCAAAGCAAACCUCAGCCAUUGGCUCUCUCCCAGCCGACGAGAAGAGAAGGGGGAAAGAGAGAGAGAGAACGAAACAAGAUCUAGAGAGAGAAAGUAGAGAGAGAGAGAAAGAGGAGGAAGAGAGAGAUCACGAAAACGAAAGCCAUGGAAUUUCAAUCGACAACGUGGGACGCCCUGAGGAAACAAGCAAGGAAACUUGAAGCUCAGUUGGAUGAGCAGUUGAAUACGUAUCGUAGACUGGUUGCUACAAGAAGUGAUGGUUCAGAGAAUGACCUUGAACCUGCCAUCGAUAGACUACUGAAGCAACUUCAGCAAGUAAACUCCCAGAUGCAAGCUUGGGUAUCAUCAGGAGGCUCAGAAAUCCUUUCGCAUACCUUGAACCGGCACACAGAGAUUUUGCAAGAUCUUACACAGGAAUUUUACCGGCUUCGGUCAAGCCUUAAAGCUAAACAAGAACAUGCAUCACUCCUGGAUUUCAGAGAUUUUGACAGUGCCAGAAUGGACUUGGAAGAGGGUGGCAAUUAUGCUGACCAGGCUCUCCUAAGAGAGCAAGCAACUAUUAGUAGAAGCACUGGACAGAUGGAUAAUGUAAUUUCGCAUGCCCAAGCUACUCUAGGGGCACUUGUUAUGCAACGCUCAACAUUCAGCGGUAUCGGCUCUAAGCUAACCAAUGUUAGCAGUCGCCUUCCUACAGUGAAUCACAUUCUCUCGUCAAUCAGAAGAAAGAAAUCUAUGGAUACCAUAAUCCUCUCCCUUGUUGCCUCUGUUUGUACCUUUCUUAUUUUGAUUUAUUGGUUGACAAAGUAGGGUAAAGUUGAAGAAUGUCAGCUAUUGAACAAUCUACAAUUAGGGUUAUCUUCUGUAGAUACGAGUAUCUGUAUCUCUUUCGCUGCUGCUGCUGCUGCUGCUGCUGCUUGUUAGAGGAAGCUUGUGCAGUUAGUUUGAAAUCAAAGCUUUGCUAUUCUUUUGACAGUGAAAUAUAUAUUGUAUUUGUUUUUGAGUUCCUAUUUUGUUUGGUAACUUUCAUUUACCUCCUGUUGGAGGCUGUAUUAUCGAAAGGUAAACAUAAAGUUCCGUCUAUUAUUGGUUUGAAUCAUCUGGGAGAAUGAAAAAAAAAGGAGCCGGCUUGGAUUGGAUUAUUCUGAUAUAAAGGAUAAAAAAUGCACGAUUUUUGA